GCCGCUUCUUCUACAAUGUUUCCUCCAAGGCCUGUGAGCCUUUCCUCUCCAGAGAUUGCCCUGGGAACAUGAACCGGUUUCACACCAUGGAAGGAUGCCAGCGUCACUGCGCCAAGAUCGAAAAGGCCGGAUUCUGUCCUCCAAGUCCGACAGGCUUCACCACCGAAUGCUUGACUGGCUGCAUUCACGACGGCGGCUGCCCCGAUGACCAGAAGUGCUGCUCCUAUGGCUGUGCCUUGCGAUGUACUGACCCUGUCAAAGAUCUUUGCAAGCUGCCUCCAGAGACGGGUCCCUGUGGUGCCAAGCUCCAGAAGUGGUAUUACGACUGGACCACUAAAACGUGCAAGAGGUUCAUCUACGGAGGAUGCCUUGGGAACAAGAAUAACUUCCAGAAACGCAAGGAGUGCCAUCAGAGGUGUCUCCAGGGAUGAGGCACAGAAGACCAGCCUUUGCCCAGGGACCUCUCAAGGGCCCACCAGCCCAACGCAUUAACCCCAUGUUCAGACCUGGAAAGGGCAAAGCAACAGAUGGCAGCAUGCCCAGGAGAAGGUCCUGAAGCCAUCUCCAUUCAUCCUCCACAGACCUGGGCACCAUCUCUUCCCUUGGUUCUUUGCAGACUCCAUCCCUGGACUGCCCAAAAUCCCAAUUUCAAGGAUGGGGUACAGAGUCAGUCACUUUCAAUUUGGCUCAUGGGGGACCUGGGCUAUCCUUGCAAUGUGCAAUCUAACCAGUGAUGGAUGCGGUUCAG